GUUUCGUUUUUCAAAAAGUGUUCAGUGUUAGCAUGCACUCUCAAUCGUAUUAGAAAAGGAAUAGACUACCCUUUUCAGUCCGAUCGAAAUGUCAUCUAGCUCAGUCGGAUCGAAUAAGGUGUUUACAUGAAGGCUUUUCAGCCUGACUGAGCCCACAAACGGAUUUUUUUGGUUGCAUGUUUUAAAGGCCUGAGAAUGAAUGAUUAGUUGAUCAAUUUCAAUGGUAAAAACAUUACUGCAUCACAGGGAGUUGACAGAACAGGUUUGUUUUGGGUGUAACAUCAUAAGAACAAGUAAAGCAUUUUAGUGUUACUUUCAAGUGCUCUACGAAAGGUAAGUUACAUAUAUUAUAACAGGGAUAAAAUAUUACAUACAAAUAUUCGAAUUGUUUUUUUAUUGAUCAGUGUUUGGAGAAUAUGCUGUAGCUACAAUGAAUGUAUUUUUAUCUGUCAAUUCAUGUAACUCUUUGUGCAUUGGCAGUUCACAGAAACAAUGAACAGCAGGCUUAAAGGAAAGUUGCAUAACAGACAAGUGAUAGAUGGUACCAUGGAGUCUCUCACUUCUAAUUUGACAGAAGAGAAAAGAAAGCAGCUCUGUGCUUUGCUGGGGAAGGUGAAACUGACUCUUCUCUACAAAGCUUCAGUUCAUGGAUAUCAAGCUUCUGCCUUCCACCAGAGAUGUGACCGUCAGGGUCCCACUUUACUUGUAGCCUACAACCAUUCAGGCUACAUCUUUGGUGGAUACACUAGUGUAGAUUAUGCUCAAAGCGGGCAGCAAAUUACAGAUGAGGACACAUUUUUAUUUAGUAUUCAGGGCAAGAUCCCUGUGUGCAUCAAAAUUAACAGUGGCUAUAAUGCACGUUAUGAUGACGCUGGAGGGCCCAACUUUGGCCAGCAGUUGUACUUUUGCUACGGCAACCAACCAGUUGUGUAUCAUCAAGUCGGGAAUGCAUUCAGUCUUAAUACGGCAACAAUGUAUGGGAACGACACUCAAAUGAGUGAAUGUGAGGUCUAUAAAGUGGAGCAGAGCUCUCAAGUCAGCACUGAGGAGAAACCAUGGAGGAACGUUCUGUGGACAGCUGAACGAAGAGCAGAGCUCGUGGAAAUGAUCAGGAAUUAUAAACCCCUGGUGACGUCUGUGAGUCUAGUCCGGAUCCUGAUGAUCGGUCCUGUAGGUGCUGGAAAAUCCAGUUUCUUCAACUCCAUCAACUCCAUCUUCAUGGGCCGCAUUACCAGCAAAGCCAUGUCAGGAUCUGCAGGCACUAGUCUCACCACACAGUUUCGCACAUACACAGUGAAUGAUGGUCGUGGAGGAAAGCCGUUGCCAUUUGUGUUGUGUGACACCAUGGGACUCGAGGAGCAAUCAGGUGCAGGACUGGAUAUUGAGGACAUCAGCAGCAUUCUUCAAGGUCACGUACCAGACCGCUAUAAAUUUAACCCCACAGCACCGUUUCAACCUGACAAGCAAAAGGCCUCCAGACCUGCAUCUCUGCAGGAGAAGAUCCACUGUGUGGUGUACGUGAUAGACGCCACCAAAAUCUCCCUCAUGUCCAGCAAAAUAGAGGAAAAACUUUCUUCCAUACGCAGAAAAGUGAACUCACUGGGCAUUGCUCAGAUCGUCUUGAUGACCAAAGUAGAUGAAGCAUGUCCUCUAGUGGAGGAAAAUCUUCAAAGCCUUUAUGCCAGCUCCUACAUCAAGUCAAAGGUUCAGGAGGUGAGCUCUCGGUUGGGUGUGCCGGUGUCUUGUGUGUUACCGGUGAAGAACUACAGUCAGGAGCUGGAGCUGGAUCUCAACUGUGACGUCCUGCUGCUCACCGCUCUACAGCAGAUGCUCAACUUUGCAGACGACUAUCUGGAUGAUGCUGAUCAAAUGGAGGACAAUGUUUUUUAACUGAUGCUUUAUGCUUUGCUGAGAUGCGUCCAGAUUGUUGCAUUGUCUUUGAACAGGAUAUAGCUUCCAUCUCUGCAUGAUAAUGUAUCUUAAGCCAGAAAAUUGGUGUAUUACUUGCAUUGCAUUCAUUUAAUUUGGCUUUAAUGCAAAAAUGUUGUAAGAUUAGUAUCUUGUCAAGUUUACAGUAUAAUAUAACAAAUUGGCCACAUUGUCACAGCAGGAGAAUACGGUUGUCAGUCCUAUAUUUGAGUCCUUAAUACGACUACGUUCACACACAGUACGGUUAUUUACGGGUGUGACAACCACAUUCUGUAACCCAUAAAUUUUCAGGACUCACAACCGUAUUCUCGGAACACACGCGCUGUGUGAACGGAACGUGAUUGGAAAACUAGUUGUCAUGUCAUACAGUGUGAGAGAGCCACUCUACCGCACAGACGAGCGUCUACCAUGUGUUGCGUGUUUUCAUGUGUGGUUUCGGUAACUUACAGUGACGGAAAAAUGAGCUAUGUGUCAUCUGAAAGUUUUAGAUCCAGUCAGUUUUUCUCCACCGGAGCUGCUCCUGUCAGUUUUGUGUUCUGUGUGCGACUCAAAUGCUCUGCUCCCCACCAAAAUAUUACUGCUGUUGGUUAAUGAAGAUUUGAUGGAAGAUCUUAUGGUUUGAUUGGACUCUUGCCGUGCCAGAAAGUGAUAAGACUUUCAGUUUUAUGGACUAUGCCAUCUUUGAUAUUACUUAGGUCUCUGUUGCUAUGAUUAGCCUACUGAUAAGGAAUACAGGCUUGACUCCCGUUGCACGUUCAUACAGACAGUAUUCGAGAUGCUACUGUAAGCUGCUGUGUGAACAGAUCAUUUCAAGACUCACACCUGCAAGUAAAUGCUGUUGUCAAUCUUUUGCAUUUUGCAAAGUUUUGCAAUGUUUGCAUUUUCUAUUUAGCAUGUCAAAAUGUUGUUAAAAUAGCUAUUAUAUAUUAUACUGUCCAACGGACAGCUUUCUUCAUGUAGGCUAUAUUGUAACUUUUUAGCUGAAAGUAACGUUACUUUUGUUUUGUACAAUACACCACUAAAAUGUAUAUGUGACAGACAUGGAGACCCCUGGUGUUCACUAUGAGUAGUACUACCUCAUUUCUGAGCAAAGAGAACCUGUUUGCACAGACACAAAGCCAGAUGAGGAAUCAAUGGGCGGUUCCCACUCAACAAACAGGGACUUCUGUUUGUUCAGACCAGUGGCGUAGCCAGAAUUAAAGUUUUGGGGGGCCAUCUUAAAAUGAGGAGGCCGCUCUAUAUUACAUGUAGGCUUUAAUGUGUGCAUUUUCAAGUGUUUGUGCGGAGUGUGGAAGCUGAAUAUCAGCGUGUUUAUACUGCAUGAUAGUUAACACGGAGGCGCCAGUGUGAUCACUUGCACUUAAAAUACUCCGUCAUUUUUGGUCAUACCGAUAAGAAUAAUUACAUAAUUCGAAUCUGUUAAGAUUUGUGUACAUGUUAAGAUUUGUGUACAUUUGUUUGUGUACACUCACAAUAACAACAAAAUGUGAGAGCGUGUCAAAAAUGAACACUCCAUUGCCUCACAGACUUGAGAAUGCGAAAUGUUUCAAUAAUGAACCAAGUCAAAUAAAAAACAAAUAUUCUCAGA